GUGGUGAGAUCUUGGCGUGAAAAAGAAGAGCGGAAAAAGGCACAAGAGAAGCACUGGGAGUUGGCUGGUUCAAGGCUUGGUAAUAUAAUGGGUGUUAAAGUGAAACCUGAAGAGGUUGACCCAAACGCAGACGAUCACGGAGCUAAUUACAGGGAAUCGCAGCAAUUCGCAUCGCACAUGUCCGAAUCACAGGCAGUCUCGGAUUUUGCACUGGAGAAGACACUCAAAGAACAACGUGAAUAUUUACCAGUAUUUGCGGUACGACAGAAAAUGUUAAAUGUGAUUCGUGACAACAGUGUUGUG